CUCAGCACGCCAAGUUUCAGCCCUCACAGUCCAGCACGUACCAGCCCAUAGGGACCCCCUUCUCCAUCCAGUAUGGGACCGGCAGUUUGACGGGGGUCAUCGGAUCUGACCAAGUAGUCGUUGAGGGCCUCACCGUGAGCAACCAGCAGUUUGCAGAGAGCGUCAGUGAGCCGGGAAAAACCUUCCUGGACGCCGAGUUUGAUGGGAUCCUGGGGCUGGCUUACCCCUCGCUGGCCGUGGAUGGGGUCACCCCCGUCUUCGACAACAUGAUGGCACAAAAUCUGGUGGAGCUGCCCAUGUUCUCCGUCUACAUGAGCACGAACCCCGAAUCCUCCCUGGGAGGAGAGCUGCUCUUUGGUGGCUUUGACCCCUCUCGCUUCACAGGGACCCUGAACUGGGUGCCAGUCACCCAGCAAGGAUACUGGCAGAUCCAGGUGGACAACAUCCAGGUGGGUGGGACAGUGGCUUUCUGCGCGAACGGCUGCCAGGCCAUCGUGGACACCGGGACGUCACUCAUCACAGGUCCCACCAAGGAUAUAAAAGAAUUGCAAAGCUAUAUUGGUGCCACGCCUGUGGACGGAGAGUACGCCAUGGUGUGCAGCAACCUCAGCGUGAUGCCCGACGUGACCUUCACCAUCAACGGGCUCCCCUACACGCUCAGCGCCCAGGCCUACACCCUCAUGGAGAACAGCGAUGGCAUGACCUUCUGCACCAGCGGCUUCCAGGGGUUGGACAUCGCCCCUCCCGCUGGACCCCUCUGGAUUUUGGGCGACGUUUUCAUCCGUCAGUUUUACUCCGUCUUUGACCGUGGCAAUAACAGGGUGGGGUUGGCGCCCGCCGUCCCUUAG